AUGUCCUACAACGAUGAGGGCGCCGUCGAUGCGUUUGGCAGGGACAUCCAUGCCAGUUCGUCAUCGCAGUCGCUGCCCAAGCAAGGUGCCGACGUGGAUGUUGUUUCCCAGAGCUCUUCGCCCUCCUCCUCCGAGGAGCAGCUGCCGGCGGCCGAUCUGAUCGAUGAGCAGAAGAAGGGCUGGCUGGCCUUUUUCAAGACCAAGGAGUUCUACAUCAUUUUGGCGCUGGGACAACUGCUAGCCAUCGCCAAUACCUCCACUAGUACUUUCACCACGCUCCUCGGAUUGCAGCAUUGGGCAGUCCCCGCUUUUCAGACGUUCAUGAACUACGUGCUCCUGAACCUGGUUUUCACUUCGUACACGAUGUACCGUUACGGCAUCAAGGGCUGGCUCCAGUUGGUGUGGCGUGACGGCUGGAAAUACAUCAUCCUUGCCUUCUGCGACGUGGAAGGCAAUUACUUCAUUGUGCUGGCAUACCAAUACACCACCAUGCUGAGCGCGCAGCUGAUCAACUUCUGGGCCAUCGUUGUGGUGGUCACCCUGUCGUUCAUCUUCCUGCGCGUGCGCUACCACAUCACCCAGGUGGUAGGAAUCGUCGUCUGUAUCGGCGGCAUGGGCAUCCUAAUUGCUUCGGACCACAUCACCGGAACGAACGGCGGCGACGUGACAAAGGGCAACCAGCUGAAAGGCGACCUGUUCGCGCUCCUCGGCGCCUCGUUCUACGGCUUCACCAACACCGGCGAGGAAUACUUCGUCAGCACGCGGCCCGUGUACGAGGUGCUAGGCCAGAUGUCGUUCUUCGGAAUGAUAAUCAACGGCGUACAGUGCGCGAUCUUCGAGCGGGACUCCUUCCGCAACGCGAACUGGGACGGGAAAGUCGGCGGCUACCUGACAGGGUACACGCUGUGUCUCUUCAUGUUCUACUGCCUGGCGCCGCUGCUGUUCCGAUUGUCGUCUGCGGCCUUCUUCAACAUCUCCAUGCUGACCAUGAACUUCUGGGGCGUCUGCAUCGGCAUCGAGGUCUUCCACUAUCAUAUCCACUGGAUGUAUCCCAUCGCCUUCGUGCUCAUCAUCGUGGGCCAACUGAUCUAUUACCUGGGUCGCAGGGUCCUCGGCGAAGCACGCAAGCCCUGGCUGGGUCGCAACCAGGAGCGAGGUGUCGCCGGUCUCUUCACUGCGAAGAAGAAGAUCCAAUCUACCGUGCCCGAGGGCGUGGACCCGGCGGACCAUGAUCCUGAACGUCCCCCGGCCGCGAGCACGAGCUCUGUCUAA